AUGAGUAAGAGAUACUUACAGAAAGCAACAAAAGGAAAACUGCUAAUAAUAAUAUUUAUUGUAACUUUGUGGGGGAAAGUUGUAUCCAGUGCAAACCACCAUAAAGCUCACCAUGUUAAAACAGGAACUUGUGAGGUGGUGGCACUCCACAGAUGCUGUAAUAAGAACAAGAUAGAAGAACGGUCACAAACCGUCAAGUGCUCCUGCUUCCCUGGGCAGGUGGCAGGCACCACGCGGGCUGCUCCAUCUUGUGUGGAUGCUUCAAUAGUGGAACAAAAAUGGUGGUGCCAUAUGCAACCAUGUCUUGAGGGAGAGGAAUGUAAAGUUCUUCCCGAUCGGAAAGGAUGGAGCUGUUCCUCUGGGAAUAAAGUGAAAACAACUAGGGUAAGUGGACAGCCAAUCUGAGAAAGUAAAUGUCUCUGAAUGAAUAAAGCAUGGGGCAAGUGCAAUAAUAUCUUUAAGAAGUGGUUGUAGAUAGGAGAGAGUAUAAUUUUACUUAGCACAUUUUUUCCAUAUUCUUCCUAAUUCAUUUUUUCAUAGUACACUUUUAUUUCACUUCUAUGGAUCGCCAUCAACUAUCAUGUUAUCUGAUAAAUAAACAUUAUUUGUUCUGUCAUGGACACUAAGAAUAAUGUCUGAGGAUGCAUGUUGAAUGUUGGGAAGAUGACUCCAGUCUGCAUUCUUCUGAUGUACUCUAAAUGAAAUAGAUUAUGAAAGAAAUAGAAUUUAUUUUCUGUGUGACUCUUUUAAAAAUCUUUAAGAUCCUUCCAGUUUUAUGAAAGAAAGUAAUCUGAUCUUCCUGAUGUCUGGAUCACUAAAUAGUUUUCUAAUGGUUAAAGUUCGCAAUCAUUGUUAUGGGUUACUCAGAGAAGUUUCAGAAUGUCAGGAUCAAUACAAAAAGAAUAUUCUUCAAACAAUGCUGUAUUUUAGUUAUGUAAUGAUUGACCACUGGGGAAUGGGAGAGAAGAAAAAUUAACUCUAUUCUUUGAAUUUCUAAUUAGCUACAUGGAUAUUCUAAAAUGGCAUAAUUUGAAUUUUUUUUUUUGGUAGAAUUAGCAAAUGAAGGUUUUUGUUUUUUUUUCUGGAGUGUGUUAUGUGUUUGUGUGUGUGUUGCCCUGAGAGGAAAGCACGCUAUUGAUUAGAAUUGGAUAAUUGAGGAAUAGAAUACAAUAGUGGUAUAAGGAGGAAUUUUGUUAACAAGUAACAUAAAACUAGAUGCUAGUUAAUUUGUGAUAUUGGUUGAAAAUAGUAAUUAAAAUUUUUUUUUCUAGACAUGUUUCUUACCCAGAUUAAUUUGGUUCUAUCAAGUAAUAUCUUUAGUGUAUUGGCUGACCAGACAUACACAGAAUUGACCAAGUUUCAAAUAGCAUAAGUAAUGACAUUAUAUUUUGUUGAGUUAUUCUUGACUCUAAAGAUUUGCUUACCAUCUCCAAAAUUCAGAGAGUAUGAUCAGUUAUUAGAAUAAUUGUAUUAUCCAAUGAGUUAGCAUGUGAUAUAAUAGAUAUUGAUUUGCUAAAAAUAUCCUGACAAUGUAAAAACUUUUUUUUUUGAUAACACUAUUAAUUGUCAGUCCAAAAUAGCACUUGUAGAAAUUCAUUUAAGGUUUGAGAUUCUGAAACAAAUAAUAAUAAAAUCGUUAGCUCUUUUCAACUAAAUUCUAUGUUUUAAUUUGCUUCAGUGGACAUGGGGAAGCUAAUAUUUAUUGGACACUUAGAACAUAUGCCAUAUACUGAGCAAAGUGCUUUACGUGAAUUAGCUCAUUUAAUCCUCUUAAUAGCCCUGUGAGGAAGAUAAUAUUAUUAUCUCCUUUUUACAGAUGCAUAUACUGAAGCUUCGAAAAGUUACAUGACUUUUCAAGGUCAUAU